AUGGAUUUAAACAUUGUUCCACGGCCGGGGGAGACGGGGGAUGUUGGGACGGGCUUCAGGGAUGGGGACAAAGGGAAAAAGUUUCGAGGACGGGAAGACUUCCAUGAAUCUACAAAUGAGGUUGUUCGCUUGCGAAGGGGCCGUCCUUUGGGGUCUAAGAACAGGCCCAAACCAGGCGAAGAUUUGGAAGUUGGAGAAGGCAGCAGGCCAAUUCCCCUCAUCUUGUCAACAGGGAGUAACAUAGUCCGUUGCUUGCAUGAGUUCAUGAACAUCAUUAACAAGCAGUACAUGACUGGAAUCAAAAUUUCCACAGCUCGUGGGUUAGUGAGUCAAGUCAAAAUUCGGGCUCCCGGCCAUCAGGAGCCCAUCAGUUUGGAAGGCAUUUUUGAGCUGACAGAGCUGUGUGGUGCUCUUAUUCCUAGCUCUUGGAGUCUUCCUUUGAAAGCAACUCUUGAAGGUCCUCAAGGACAGGUUAUUCAGGGAGAUAUUUUUGCAGACAAUCUUUGGGCAGCUAGUCCAGUUACUAGUAUAGUUACUCGCUUAGCCAGUCCUUUUCGUUUGGGUGAUCCUUUGACCCAAAACGGUAUUGGUAUUGGUAUUGGUAUUGGGAGUAGUAGUAGUAGUAGUAAUGGCAUUGCUCGGGGCAUCGUGCUUUCGGCUCAACCAAAUCAUCAAAAUAAUAGGUUUUCUUACACUCCAAGUCUUCUUCCACGUCCACCAACACCACCAGCUGCUCCAGCAAAUGUAGUGCACCCUUGUAAUUAUGGCAUUGGCAGUAGUAAUAUGCAUCUGCACACUUCAAAUCACAACAAUGGGUCUUCCACUCCUGCCCCAUCUCAGGCAAAUCAUGUGCAGAAUGAAUACCCAUUUUAUCUUCAUCAGCUAGCACACGGCAAGGAUGAACAAUGACAACCCAUCACCUGGAUCAUCAGUACCCAAUUUCUCAAAUUCUUCUUUUGAUUUUCGAGGUUUUUCUUACGUUGCAUCUUUGCUCGAUCCAGCUAAUGAUGAUCACUACUCCGUACCCUAGGAAGAUUAGGAGUUUGAAAGUACAGAGAGUUGAACUGUGGAGCUGUUUAAGUAGAUUUUGAACUUAAACAGACAUACUCUUGUUUUUUGGUUUAAUAAGUAUGGUAUUUCAAUC